GAAAACUUAUCCCAAAUACAACUACACAACACACACACAGACCCUUUGUUUGUUGUAUCAAUCUUCUUCUUCUUCUUGUUCUUGAGAAACUCCUAUCUAUCUCCUCUGUUCUUUGCAAUAUUCAUCUUCUCCAAAACAACACACCAAUAAUACAUGGUGAUGGCUUCUUUGGGUGUAUCCCAAGCCAUCUUCUUCUCCAACACCACCACAACUCCUUCUCGUUUCAAUCUCCUCCAUCCAAACAAACCACCUACCUUUUCUCUUCAAACAAACCCAUCAAUCUCAAUCUUUUCCAGAAAAAACAACCGCACCCCUCACUUCUUCCGAUGCACCCCCAAUUCAACCAAUCAUACGUCUCUUAGCUGGGAUUGGAAUCGUUGGUGUCGCCAUUUCUCUGAUAUUGAACAGGCUGAAACCUUCGCUUCUCUUCUUAAGUUUCAACUUGAAGAUGCUAUUGAGAAGGAAGAGUUUCAAGAAGCAGCAAAGUUAAAGAAGGCUAUAGUAGAAGCGACAUCUAAGGACAGUGUUGCUGAAAUCAUGUCUCAGUUGAAGAAUGCCAUAGAUGAUGAGCGCUACCACGAUGCUUCGAGAUUAUGUAGAUACACCGGAAGUGGACUGGUGGGUUGGUGGGUUGGGUACUCAAAAAAUUCAGAGGACCCCUUUGGCAGAAUAAUACGUAUAAGUCCUGGUAUGGGCAGAUUCGUUGGCAAGAGUUAUAGUCCGAGACAGCUGCUCACAGCAUCUACUGGGACACCAAUAUUUGAAAUUUAUGUGGUAAAGAAUGCUGACGACACAUAUCAUAUGCAGGUAGUGUAUUUGCGACGAGCCAAAGGAAAUUCAACGAGUAAUUCUCCAUCUCUUCCUGUCAAAGGCCCAUACAAACCCGAGGUUGAGAAUUUGUCUUCAGUUGAGGAGCAGGAACCUGAAGAGAAGGUUGUCGAGAGAAAUGAUGAGAAAAACAACAAUGGUGAGGCAGCUGCAGAGGAGGGCAUUAAAAGUGUCAUAAAUUUUCUGAAAGAAAAAAUUCCAGGGUUUAAAGUCAAAGUUAUGAACGUUAAUGUUGAUGAGGAAGCAAGAGAUGGUAGCGAUUCUAUUAAACAAAUAAUGGAGGAAGAUGGUAAUAAAACAAGCUCGAGUGAUAACCCUGAAGGGGAAGUUAGUAAUCUAGACGAACCUGAUGAGAUCACUCUAGAAGAUGAUGGCGAUUCCUCAGAAGACGAAAAGGAUUUAGAUAUGAAGCUUUUUAUUGGUGGAAUUGUACACAACAAUGAAGAUAUUGCUACUAAGGAUGAAUUUAUACGUCUUCCAGCGGAAAUAAAGAAUAUGGAAAGGGAUUCUUUCCUCUUACAUAUACCCAGGAGAAAUCUUGAUAAUGAUAGGAGAGAAGAUAAAGUUCGCAAUAUCAAGGUGGCCGCUCUGGCAGCACAAGGAAUCUCAGAGCUUAUGCCUUCUGAUGUUGCUAAGGCAUUUUGGGGUUCUGAUAAAGUCUCUUCUAAGGUUUCCAAAAGCAUGCGUGAAAUUGUCAAACUUGCUAUUAGCCAAGCACAGAAAAAGAGUAGAAUAUCUGAAGAUACAUAUUUUAGCCGAAUUGCAAGUUCCAAAGGAGAUUUUGAUCCUUUCGAUGGACUCUAUGUUGGUGCAUUUGGUCCGUAUGGCAUUGAAAUAGUGCAAUUGAAGCGAAAAUUUGGACAUUGGAAUGAUGCGGACAAUGAAAAUAAAACUUCAAAUAUCGAAUUUUUUGAAUAUGUAGAGGCAGUGAAAUUGACUGGGGAUCUCAAUGUUCCUGCUGGCCAGGUAACAUUCCGUGCUAAAAUUGGAAGAGUCAAUCGCAACGCCAACCGUGGAAUGUAUCCCGAUGAAUUAGGAGUGAAUGCAAGUUAUAAAGGCCAGGGGAGAAUAGCAGACUUUGGUUUUCAGAAUCCAAAAUGGGUUGAUGGGGAAUUGCUUCAACUUAAUGGCAAGGGCAUGGGGCCACACAUGAAAGGUGCAGAUCUUGGUUUUCUUUAUGUCGUGCCCGAGCAAAGUUUUCUUGUGCUAUUCAACCGGUUGAAACUACCUGAGUAAGAGCAAGCCGUAAUUGGAAUCUGAAUGAUUCUCGCAAUAGCUAUGAGAGAUGAACCUUUCUGGUGGACACUAAGUUAAAGUCUGAAGCACUUUGUGUCUUUAUUACAUUAAAGGUAUAAACCCACUCUCAAAAGUAAUCAAAUAUUUUAUCUUUGAAAAAGCUUGAUUAAGUAAUUGGACCCACUUGAAUUUUCUUCGUUUAUUUAUAAGGUUCCAGCAACUUAAAAUUGAGCAUUGAGAAAAUAUAGUAACAUUAGUUGUGUAUUAUACUCCGUUUUUUGACAAAAAAAAAAAAAAACUCAUUCAAGAUUCACUUCUAUUGUUUUUGAGAACAUAAUAAGAGCAUUUCGAAGGUUAUUAACUUCUUUUUCAAGUAACUACCAUUAGUUCACUGAGUUAAUCCGGCUUCCACCAUGCAUAAAUCCACCACCGAUGCCAGCUCCCGAUAUGGCUCAAGAUGGCACACUCUACACAAUGGGAUGAAGUUUAUUGUUGAUGCAACAACAUUAUUUAAAGAUUAGUUGUGACAUUGAUAAGUUAUAGUCUAAAAUUAAUUAUACUUAUGAAAAAAUUUGUAUUUUGAAUCAUUUUUAAUAUUUAAUAUAUAUUCCCAAAAUAAAAUAAAAACAAAAAAAGAAUUAAAUUGGAAUCA